AGCUUUUCCAACCCUUCCAGCGAAACGAGACUGGCCGCGGAGCCUUCGAGUCUCUCAAGCUGCCGUUUCCCGCCGCUUUAAAGCAAACGUUUGGCCGCGCGACUUUUCUCCCUUUUCGGCAGUUCAGGAGAGCUGCAUUUUGACGUUUUCUCCCGUCUGUCUCUCUACCACUGCGUUUCCCGUCUCGGCGACUCUAACGCUUGGCCGCGCAUUCGCGGAGCAGAGGUAGCUGUCCAGUCUCGCUGUUUCUUGAAGGGCUGUUUAUCUGUCGUUUCCGUGGCGUUUCCUCUACGAAAAGGCCAUCUUCAAGCUUCUCGUGGACCUCGUUGCCUGCGCUUGCCACUGCGUACCGCACUGACUCACUUUCCGCUGCACCCCCUGCCUUUUCUCUAGCUUUGCUUUUCCGGCGACUCUCCAGAGCAGUUAAUCAAUAUCAGGCCCUCCUUUUUUUUCCUCUCCGUUUUGCCAGUUUUUCUCCUUGCUAUCCCCUCUUCAACUGCCGCGUCCAAAUUCGGUUAACAGCGGAUCCCGUGAACCCGUCGUUGGCGCCGUCGCAGUCCGAGUUCCGCUGCCAAGUUCGCGUCCGUCGCUGGACGCCUUUCUUCUUCUGUUUUCGCGGGGUUUGAAGGAACAGAGAAAUCCUCGCUGCUGGUUUCCAUGCUUUUUUCGUUUUCCCUGCACCCUGUCACUGCCGUUCCUGCCGACACAUCAGCCAACUGGAGGUUUCUUACCGCCUUUCCGUACGCUGAUUUUCGCUGUUGAUGGGAGCCUCGCUUCCUCCAGAGGUUCACAUCUCUCCUCCUUGUGUGCCUUCUCUUUUCUCCCCGUUUCGCUCCCUCAUUCGUUCCCCGCAGGGAAGUGUUCAGCUGCCGCGGUCGACCGCUUCUCCACGGUGGGUCCUCGAUCGGUGCUGCUUCUCCAGCUGGACGUACACUGACGCGACGUGAGGGUGCGAUAUGCGACGUUUGAAGACUGCAGCGGCCACACAGAUUUGAUUCUUUUGUCGCCGCCGUCGUGAGAUUCUGGGUGAGAAAAAACGCCCUUGGAGAGAAACCGAAGACGGGCUCCGUUUUCACAUAUCCGGUUGUUUGAAAGUUUUUUUUCGCGCCAGACUGUCUGUUGCGCGUGAAGCAGUGAACCGACUAAAGCAGCCUGCAGGUCCAUCCUCUGGCAGGUUGGCUUGGAACAAACCUGGGAAGCCGCUUCUUCUCUCGCUUCCGAUCUUCGAAAAUGGCGGAAUACGAAACGGAGGAGCUCGCAACGGGAGGCAUGCCCGGAGACGGUGCUGGGUUCUACGACGCGCCUCCCGCCGUCAUUAUCGACAACGGAUCAGGCUACAUGAAGGCGGGACUCGCUUCGCAAGAAGAACCUUCCGCAGUUUUUCCAACGAUCGUGGGCCGUCCGCGUCGGCGCUUCGUCGACCUUUACGCUGCCAAGGGAGACGGAGACGGCAGUGGCGCCGUUUUCGUUGGCGAGGAGGCAAUUGCCAAUCGCCAUCACUUGAGUUUCACUUACCCCAUCGACCACGGGCACAUCGACAACUGGGUUGACAUGGAAGAAGUGUGGAACGCAACGUACAACAUGCUGGGAGUCCAGCCCAACGAGCAUGCAGUGCUGGUCACGGAACCGCCGCUCUGCUCGCAGCGCCACCGAGAGAAAAUGGCUGAAAUGUUUUUCGAAACCUACGGAGCUCCCGAAAUGAACAUUUCCGUCACGGGCCUCAUGGCCAUCUAUGGAACAGGCCGGGCGACAGGUUUUGUGCUGGACAUCGGCGAAGGCAUCACUCAGUGUGUCCCCGUCUUCGAUGGCUACCUCGAGAAGGCGUCUGUGAAGCGAAGCGACUUCGGCGGCCAAGAGUUGCAGAUGUAUCUCCAGAAGAUUUUGUGCGACAUGGGCUAUCCGAUGACAACUCGAGAUGACUACGAACAUGUGCGUGUCAUCAAGGAGACCCUCUGCUUCUGUUCCUUGAAUCCAUCGGAGGAUCAGAACCGAGACGAUUUGGAGAAGACUUACCACCUUCCGGACGGCCUCACACUGCGCGACGGCAUCACUACAGAAAUCACGCUGGGCCCGGAGCGCUUUUACCCUCCAGAGGCGCUUUUCAAUCCUCAGCUCUGCGGCCGAGACAGUCCGUCUUUGAUCGAACUGGUCUGGUCAUCCAUCAUGGCAUGUCCAAUCGAAAGCAGAAAGAGCCUCAUCGGUAGCAUCGUCCUCAGCGGCGGCUCAUCCAUGUUCCCUGGAUUUCCGGAGCGACUGGAGCAAGAGCUGAAGAACACAGCGCCUCCUCAGGCUCGUCCACAUGUACAUGUGUUGAGUCAUCCGUCGCGAGGCAGCUUGGUCUGGCAAGGCGCGCGUCUCUAUUGCCAACCGGAAAUGCGUCCGCUGCAAGAUCACAUUUGGAUCACUCGUCAAGAGUGGGAAGAAAUCGGAAUGAAAAUCGUAGCCAAGAAGGCGGCAUUCCGCAUCACUUCGUAAGGUUACGAGACAGGUUUCUCCGCCCCACAACUUCGUGAGGAAGUUCACCACUCGCAAGAGCUUCCGGCGGCGGAGAAACGCGAGCGUCCGGCGACAAAAAACAAGACAGGAAGAGAGGCGACUGUCAGAAGCCGUGAUGAGCCCCGAGAGAGAUAGUGCAUGCAAGAAGGCAAAUGCGUGCGGGGCCGUCGAAUAAUAAAGUGCAUGCGUUGGCCUCAAAAAAAAAGAUUCACAAAAGGCAGGGUGGCGCGACAAAGCGCAGAAAAGAGCCAGUGGCUGGGAGGUUCGGACAACCGCGUUGAGGUGACAGUGCAACAAGUGACUUCCGAAACAUGUUGCGGAAACUUCGAAGCGUCUCGCGGCAGUUUCGAGUUUUCUCUGCAGGAAGACGACGUUUCUGAGGAAAACAUGGAAACAGAGACGUCGCGAUCCAUCUGGGGGAGAAAGUGGAAGCUUCUCCGUCUGUUGAAGGCCCU